AUGCUGCUUAAGGAGAAAUAUGCGGUGGUAGGAUGUGUAGUGGUACGGUUGGCGGUUUCGCUUCUUUUCCCGUCCUUACAAACUCAAUUGGACAAAUCAGUUGAAUUAUCAACACCCAUGUCGUCUUACCGCUUAUUAAAUGAAGGUAUAUUCCUAUUACGCAAUGGUUUUCCACUCUACGAUGGCGGUGUUGUACAUCAUCCCCCCUUACUUGUGGCGUUUAUGUCAUUAAUUGAACCUCAGUAUCUAGUAGCAUUAUUAUACGCAUUGACCGAUGGGCUAAUUUCAUACCAAUUGAUCUGUAUGGCUAGGUUUUUCUCGGAUUUGGGUCUUCCAACUUGGCUACCAGGUGCUCUCUACGCGCUGAACCCGUUGGUGCUUUUAUCAUGUGUGAGUCAAUCGUCGGUCAUUUUUACCAAUGCCUUUACGUCAACCGCUAUUUUAUGUGCUCUCAAUGGUAACUUGUUAACGUUUGCAAUGGCCUUAGGGGCUGCAUCAUACCUAUCAUUGUACCAAUUAUCACUAUUAAUACCUUCCUUGUACCUUUUAUCAAGGGAAAACAAUCAAAGAUCAAGAGCCACCUUAGCGGUAUUGGGUGUAUUCGCUGCACUGUUACAAUUAAGUUCUGUUGUCACAGGCGGUAGUUGGAAAUUUUUACAAGCUACUUAUUGGUCUCAAAUGAACUUCGAGAAAUUGUUCCCCAACUUGGGUCUAUGGUGGUACUUUUUCAUCGAAAUGUUUGAUAUGUUUAUUCCAUUCUUUAAGGCUGCUUUCAAUAUUUUUGCCAUUUCGUUUGUGCUUCCUUUCUCUAUUCGUUUCCAAAGUCAGCCUUUCUACGCUCUAGUUUUAUGCAUAGGUUGGAUUACGUUAACCAAACCUUACCCAACUUUAGGUGAUGCAGGGUUUUUCCUUUCAUUUUUACCAUUUUUCAAGCCACUUUUUGGCUAUAUGAGAUGUCCGCUGCUAUCAGCUCUACUCUUUAUCCAUGCUAUUAUCUUAUCGCCGAUCUUCUACCACUUGUGGGUCGAUCUUGGAUCAGGUAAUAGUAAUUUCUUUUAUGCUAUUUCCCUCGUCUAUGCCUUGGCCCUAGGCUUUAUUCUAAUAGAUCUGUGCUGGUCCAUGCUAAGAAUCGAAUUUGAUGGCGGUAGACCUAACUACAAGCUCAAAGUGACUCAAAUAUAG